AUGUCUACCUCUCACCACAAUGUCGUUGACAAGCCCAAUGAGGGUGCCGAGAUCGCGGUCAACAGACCCGCUCCGAGGAUCUCCUAUUUCACUCCUCUACAAGAUCCACCCGCGGGCACUGCCCUUCUGGCCGAUGGAAAGAAGGAUGUCCCCAAGCUGUUUAGACCACUGCAGAUUCGAGGAUUGACGCUUCAGAACCGCAUUAUGUUGAGUCCUCUUUGCCAAUACAGUUGUCAAGAUGGCCACUUCACCAAGGUAUGUGCCCCAUCCACAACAUGACGUUCUCUUCUCUGAUUGUUACGACUAGUGGCACAUGGCACAUCUGGGCGGCAUCAUCUCUCGCGGUCCAGGUAUCUCCACUAUCGAAGCAACCUCCGUGACUCCGCAAGGCCGCAUCACGCCCGAAGACAGCGGACUGUGGAAGGACAGCCAGAUGGAGCCACUUCGCGAGGUCGUCGAGUUCGCGCACUCCCAGAAUCAGAAGAUCAUGAUCCAACUUGCCCAUGCAGGCCGAAAGGCAUCGACCCUCGCUCCCUGGCUGAGCUCUGGAGCUAUUGCGGCUAAGGACCAGAAUGGCUGGCCGGACGAUGUCUAUGGUCCAUCUGCGAUUGCUUGGAACGAUCAUCACGCUCAGCCCAAGGAGAUGAGUCUUCAAGAUAUCGAGGACUUCAAGGCGGCGUAUGCGGCUGCUGUUAGAAGGUCCAUUCAGAUUGGGUUCGAUGCGAUUGAGAUCCACAAUGCGCAUGGUUAUCUGUUGCACUCAUUCUUGAGCCCCGUCAGCAACAAGCGAAAGGACAAAUACGGUGGCAGCUUUGAGAAUCGCAUCCGCUUGACUUUGGAAGUGGUGAGUACCCAUGGGACAGACUUGCGGAAGAAUUUAGAGUUAACCUCUGCCAGGUCGAACUUGUCCGUGCCAUUAUCCCAUCCGAUAUGCCACUCUUCCUCCGAAUCAGCGCGACCGACUGGCUCGAGGAGAACAAGGACUUUCCAGAAUCCUGGACAGGAGACGAUACCGUGAAGCUUGCACCUCUACUCGCCGAGCGUGGAGUCGAUUUCCUCGACGUCUCAUCCGGCGGCAACCACCCGGCUCAGCACCCUCACGUCAAGCCAGCCUACCAAGCUCCCUUCGCCAUCAAAGUCAAGGAAGCCGUCAAGAACACCAAGAUGGCUGUGGCAUCCGUAGGCUCGAUUGAGAACGGCAAGCUUGCUAACGAUCUACUGGAGAAGGACAACCUUGACUUUGUCGUUGUUGGGAGGGGAUUCCAGAAGAAUCCUGGUCUGGUAUUUGCUUGGGCAGAUGAGCUGGACGUUGCAAUCAACAUGCCUAAUCAGAUACGUUGGGGUUUCGGAGGUGAGUUAUUGAUUGAGUUCCGAGAUAGCUUUAAUGCAGUGCUGACCCUUUCAUUUCCAGGUCGCGGCAAGAAGAGUGGCAAGCCUGCGACAGAGUUGCCUGAACUUAUUGGCAAGCUCUAA